AUGCAGACCGUCUUUCAACUCGCUGCCGUGCAUGGCAUGCUAUACACGGGCGGCAACGUCGUCUUUUCGCCCGACGGCACGCAGCUCUACUCUCCUGUGAACAACUACCUGUCGUCGAUCCAUCUCCAGCAGGCAGGCCACCUCUCGCUCAUGUGUAGCAACAGCUCCAUUACCUGCUUCGACCUCUCCCCCGAUGGCGACCUUGCCUUUGUGGUUGGACAGCGCGGCCUCGGCUUCUUCUACUCCAUCCCUGCCCGCGUCGUGCUCGACACGCUCUCCUUCCCUCCGAACUGCGCCACCCCGUGCGUGCGAUUUAGCCCGUGUGGCAAGUACGUCGCAGUGGCGUUGGAGGCCACGCUGCAGGUGUACACAGCGCCGGCGAAGCGCGUCGUCAGUUUCCAUGCCUGCCACCGCAUCGAGCAGCUUCACACCGUCCUUACACGGCCCAUUACGAACCUCGACUGGACGACGGAUAGCGAGCACAUCCUGGUGUGUGGCCAGGAUGCACGGAUGAAGAUCGUGCCACGGCAAGGCAAACUGCAGCAGAAAGGUAUGGCACUCCAGCAGAACUCGCUCAUCGGUCACCGCAGCGCCGUUGUUGGGGCCUGGUUCACGAACGUGGACAACACCGAGGUGGUGAGUGUGGCGGCCGACAACGUGGUGGUGAUGUGGCACCGCGCGGCCGUUACACGUAGGGAGAUACUGCAGGCGAUCGCAGCUGCCAAGCUGGAGGCCCGAGUGGGCGAGCAGGAGGACAGCGACAAGGCCGAGGGCGGUGACGUCGAGGUCGAGGACUCCCCGUCUCCGAAGAGCUUCCUCGAGCGCAAGCGGCUGGAGCAGCUGCGCCUCGACGGCGUACGUGUUUCGGCCGCCGAUGACACGUACCUACCCCCGACUCUGCGCUAUGCCUUCGAGAUCAAGGACAAGUUCAUGCUAUCGCACAAGGGCAGCGUCAGCGUCACGGCGUUCCACAAGCCGCGCGGGCUGCUUGCGAUUGGGUACAGCAGCGGUACCUUUGCCAUUCACACGUUGCCAGAGACGAAGGGCGGAGAGUUGACCCUAGUGCAUCUCCUCUCGAUAUCUGCCCAGGCGUUGACGGCGGCGGCCUUCGCGCCACGUGGGGACUGGGUUGCAUUCGGCAGUGCCCACCUCAAGCAGCUGCUCGUGUGGGACUGGAAAGCCGAGGCGUACGUGCUCAAGGAGCAGGCGCACUACUACGACAUCGCCUGCGCUGCCAUCACGGCGGAUAGCACCAAUAUCAUCUCCGGCGGCGAGGAUGGCAAAGUGAAGGUGUGGAAGGUAGCAUCCGGGCAGUGCUUCGCAACCUUCACCGAGCACACAGGGCCCAUCAGCGGCAUCAGCACGAGUGCGAGCACGAACGCCUUCUUCACCAGCAGCCUGGACGGCACGGCGCGCGGCUACGACCUCAUGCGCUACCGCCAGUUUCGCGUUUUCAGCCCGCCAGAGCAGACACAGCUUUCGUGCAUCGCCGUCGACCCGUCCGGUGAAGUGCUGGCCGUCGGCAGCAGCCAAGUCAACAAGAUCUUUGUGUUUGCUGUGCAGACGGGGCGCAUCAUUGACGUCUUGCAAGGGCACGAGGCGCCCAUCACGUGCGUGGCGUUUCACCCCUCCGGCACGACCCUCACCUCCGGCAGCAUGGACCACAACCUCAUCUUUUGGGACCUCUUCAACCAGAACGACAGCGGCGAGCGGCUCAAGGGCGACGGCGAGGUGCUGGACAUCGGCACCGAAGUGCUGUGCGUCACCUACAGCAGCAGCGGGCGCCGGCUCGCCGUGCUGACGGCGAAGCAGGAGAUCUCCGUGUACGAGACAACCAUCGCCAACGACCCGCAGCUGAUCAAGACGUUUCUCACGACCUUUGACGCGGCCGGCGGCUGGCGCAAGGAGGUGGGGCCGAACAGUGCCAACUACAACACCCACUUCACGCGCAUCAGCUUCUCCCCUGAGGGCGAGAAGCUGAUCGCGGGCGGCGACUCCAAGUGGCUGGUGCUCUACCACGCGACGCAGGGCUACGUGCUCAAGAAGUGGCCCAUCACGCACAACCUCGACGUGCAGGGUGCGGAGGAGCAGUAUCAGUGGCGCAACGCCAGCGAGGCGGGCUUUCUCGGCGACAUCGACGUGGGCGAAGACGACAUCCACCUGUCGCGGCGCAAGCUGCUCGAGAUGCCAGGUAGCCGCCACCGCCACUUCGCGACCGGCAAGCGCAAGACGGAGCUGACGGCGCGGGCGAUGGAUGUGGUGUUCGCAGCGACGGGCUCCGAGUUCAUUGCCGCGACAACGGACGGCCUGUUGCUCUUCUCAACGCGUGUGGCGCGUCCGCGCUUUCAGCCUCUGCAGCUGAACUUGCGCGUAACCACCGAGGAGGUGCGCCAGCAACUCGCGAACGGCCAGCCGGUGCUGGCGCUCAUCGGCGCCUUGAACCUUGGAGAUGCGACGCUUGGCGUGGAGUGCCUACGCCGGAUGCCACGCAACUCGAUCCCGGUUGCUGUCACGGCCGUCCCCUCGUCUCUCUUUCCACAGCUCAUGCAGUGGGUGAGCGAGGAGGUGGAGCACUGCCGUGGUCUCGAGCAUGCCCUGCUGUGGGCGCAGUCCCUCCUGCUCCACUCCAACGAGGCGUUCGGCGGGGUAGGGCCGCAGCAGACCGCGCGGGUGUUGCCAGCGCUCAAGGUACUUCAGCGCAGCCUUUUUCAGCACCGCCUGCUUACGGAGCUCUCCCGCGAGAACUACUUCUCCGUCAAAUACCUCGCCGACGCGGCGCGCAUGAACUCGUCCAAGCUGGAGCCGAUUGCAGAGGACGCAACGGAGUAG